AUGUUCACCAAGCUCCUUGUUGUCACGGCGUUGGCUUCUGCCGCAUUUGCGAGCGAGUGUGUCCGUACUUACACCGUCAAGGAGGGCGAUUGGUGUGAUACCAUUAGCGCUGCUAACAAUGCGUCUACCUAUCAACUUUCGACUGUGAAUGCGGACAAGAUCAAUGAUUCUUGCACCAAUCUGGAAGUUGGUCAAGAACUUUGCCUUGGUAAAGUAGGCCAGGAUUGCACAAUCACCCACAACGUUGUAUACGGGGAUACUUGCGAUAAGAUCAUGCAAGGUGCAGCUAUCAACGCUACGAUGCUUUACGCCAACAACCCUCAAAUCGACGAGUACUGCAGCAACAUCUAUAUCGGCGAGGUGCUAUGCGUAGCUGGUGCAUACGCCGCACCAGAGUCCAUUCCAGAUCGCCAAAUCGGUUCUCCUGGAGGAGAGCCUGCAGGUCCUCCUGCCUCAGUGCCCUACCCUGAAGCUAAAGCGACCGCUAAACCCAAAUCCAAUGACCCCGCUCCUACACCGGCUCCCGAAAACAACGACCCAGCUCCUGCUCCGGCUCCUGAAAAUAACAACUCGGCACCUGCCCCAGCUCCCGAAAAUAGCCAGCCCUCGUCUCCCUCUCCUGACAGCGACGAUGAUGCUGAUCUUCCCGAAUGCGAGGAUCCCAAUGAUGAUGGCUACUAA